ACUUACCAAAAAUAACAAUAAGUAAAACCGAUUUUUUUUAUUUCUCAUCUUUACUUCAAUCUUUAUUAUUAACCGGUUUAUUUUUGUAUUGAACUUUGUUUACAAUCUUACUCUUUCAUUAGUGAUCAGAAUAUGCCAAAUGCACCAGCUAAUAAUACAAUGAGUGUUAACCAAACAAAUAUGAAGAAAAAGUUGACUGGUCCAUAUGUUCAUGUAGCGAAGGGUAAAGGAGGAUCAAAAUUAACUUAUUCAAUUUCAAAUGCAGCCAAGAAACUGGACGAUGACAAAGACGGCUCUAAAAGAGGAUCUGGUGCACAUAUCUCACAAUAUCGAUCUCAAUACCGAGUUCUUGAUGAUGCAGCUCGUAGCCGUAGACAUCGUCAAAUGCUUGAUAAAUUGGAAAAGGAUAACUUUCAUGAAGAUCCUCAUGCAAACCUUGUGAUGCAUAAAAAAGCUCCAAAGUUUGAAGACCAAGCCAUCAAAUUGGGCUCAUCUAAUGUUAACAGCGGACCAGGACGUAGACCAGGAUCUCAUUCUCAUCAUUAUCACAAAUCACGUCAAGUUACUAUAGCAUCUCUUUUAGAGGAAGACUCUAAGAUGCCUCCGCCAAGUUAUACCACUGCUGUUGCACCAGCUCCAGGAAAAGUGACAGUCAAUGAUAAAGUCAUUUUUAUAGUAACUAAAAGACAUUUUUGCUGUGUUUGCGGUUUCAACGCUAAUUAUACUUGUGUAGCAUGUGGUAUGAGAUAUUGUUGUGUCACUUGCCUUCAAACACAUAGAGAUACUCGCUGUUUGAAAUGGACAGCUUGAUUAAAGAAACAGAAUAAGUCUGUAAAUAUCAUAAUACUAAUGCUGAUCUGUAAAUUUUUUUAUAAUUUUUACGUAAAUAGUUCGAAUCUGACAAAUCGAAAGGAUGAUUAAAUUAUUGAACAUAUUUUACUAUA